AUGCGUGGCGUCGUAGCAGUCGAAGAAGCAACCAUCGAUCCAGGCUCGGUCUCAACCAUCGGAGAGACAAUAAAAUGCCUGAUCCCGGGGCUGGUUGAUAUUGACGCGGCAUCCGCGAGCCACGCAAAGCGGUUACUGGACCUACAUGAGGACCGCCUGCGCAUCAUGGACGAGCAGGGUGUCGAGUACAUGCUACUUGCACACACUUCACCCGGUUGUCAGGGCCAGACGGAUCCACAGACCGCACAGGAAAUGGCAACGAGGUCGAACAACUGGCUGAGUGAGCAGGUGAAGACCAACCCUGCGCGGUUUGGUGCGCUCGCAGCUCUGAAUAUGCAUGAUCCCCUCCAGGCUGCAGCAGAGCUCAGGAGAGCAGUCCAAGAGAAGGGCUUCUUCGGUGGUCUGGUCAAUGACUACCAGUCUGUUGGGGCCGACGGCGCUGGGAGAGUGUACUACGACACUAAAGACUACGAUUCUUUCUGGAAGGUUGUUGAGGAACUGGAUGUCCCUAUAUACUUCCAUCCUAGGUAUCCGCCACCGCCGGAUUUGGCGCCAGAGGCACCCCAGUAUGGAAAACGGGGCCAUCUGCUUGGUGCUGGAGUUCAAUUUCACUUGGACUUGAGUUGGCAUGUUUAUGCUAUUUGCUCUGGUGGAGUUUUCGACCGGUUUCCCAGAGUGCAGAUCGUGGUCGGCCAUCUGGGAGAGAAUAUCCCUUUUAACCUGCACCGUGCUGACCACUGGUUGAACAUGCCACACAAGCAGUCUUCACGCCCUUGCAAACACGAUUAUACUUACUACUUCAAGCACAAUGUUCACAUCACGACGUCGGGUAAUUUCUUCACCCAGGGGCUUAAACUAUGCGUCGACCUGCUUGGCUCGGACAGAGUUCAGUUCGCCAUUGACACACCUUAUGAGAAGACAGAGGAAGGGAUGGAAUGGUGGAGGAGCGUCACUUUUGAUGGGCCAGACGGUGAGAAGGUACAGGAUGAUAUUGCGAGAGGUAAUGCUAUCAGAGUGUUUAAACUGCCUUUGGAGCCUUGA